AUGCUUAACAAAUUGAUUUUCUGUAAACAACCUCUUGUAAAUAGGGGUUUUGAAGGUUCACCUGAACAAUUGGAAUUAGUGAUCGGUGGUGAAGCUGCUAUAUGGAGUAAAUAUGUGGAUGAAACAAAUCUAAUACCUCUAGCCUGGCCAAGAGGAGCUGCUGUAGCUGAACGUCUUUGGUCAGAAGAUAUUGGAGAUGUACAGGAUUUUCGUCAACGAUUAAGUGAACUUCAGUGUAGAAUGCUCAGAAAUAGAAUUAAAGGUCAUCCAGUAAAUGGACCAGGAUUUUGUCCACCUUAA